AGUUUUUUGAGAAACCACUAUAGCGGUUUGUCUGAUGUUAUUUUAGCGGUUUGUCUGAUGUUAUUUAGCGGUUUGUUUGAUGUUACUAGCGCGCUAAUGAGAAACCAUUAAACAGCGUUUCGUGGGGAAAUAUAUUUUCAAGUAUGUCGCUUAUUUUAUGAUUACAAGCGAAUUUAUUAUUUUUAAUUAGGUUAUUUAUUGAUUAACUAUAAUUUGCUGGUAAUUCAACUGUUUACCAAUUCACCACGUUUUUUACAAUAUUUUGGAAUUAUUGGAAUGAAAAAAGUGAAAAGUGGUGCCACUAAAAGAAGAGAAAAAGCUGCAGCCAUGGAGAAAAUCAUGAAAUACCCCAAACUAACACAUUUUUUAAAACCAGCAGUUCCGGCUAGCAGUGUUUUGAUAUCAACAAAUAAUUUUGAUUGUGAUUAUUUGGGUACUAGACUAGAGUCAGAUGGGUUAAUCUAUGACUCAAAUGCAAAGUCAAAUGUAAGUCAUGGUUUAAUCUGUGAAUCAAAUGCCACAACAAAUCCACUAAUAUUUCUCAGUGAUGAUCCUUCUGAUUGGCCUGAUAAUGUUUCUGACGCUCAGAAGUGUGAUGUUGUUAAACGAGGUUUAAAAAAGAUUGAAAUCGACUUUCCAAAAAAUUCAGAAAGAAGACGAUUUUCCAUGAGUUAUUAUAACCGCAAAAUGAAAAAUGGAGAAAUCUUUGAAAGAUCAUGGCUUAUAUAUUCUUUAAAUAGUGAUAAAGUGUUUUGUUUCUGUUGCAAACUUUUUGGGAUAACUUCUUCACCCUUUCGAAAAGGAAUAAACACGUGGGAAGGCUUAUCAAAAAAACUUAAAGAACACGAAACAUGCAGUGCGCAUUUAAAAUGCUUUGAACAUUGGAUGACAUUACGAAAAGGCAUAGCAAAUCAAGCUACCAUAGACGAGCAACAACAAAAGUUGCUUCAUAAAGAGCGGGUAUUUUGGAGAUCUGUGUUGGAAAGGAUACUGGACAUUACGUUAUUUCUUUCAUCAAGAAAUCUUGCAUUCCGUGGAUCAGACACGGCAAUUGGUUCAAAGAGCAAUGGAAAUUUUUUUGGGGUGUUUGAAUUACUGGCUAAGUACGAUGCCGUCUUUAAGGAGCUUCUGUUAAGAAUUCAGGACAAAAAAACAAACGCUCACUAUUUGAGCAAUGACACACAGAACGAGUUGAUUAGAUGUUUAGCGCAGGAGAUUGAAUCAGAAAACCUUUCUAUGGUAAAAAAAGCAAAAUACUAUUCGGUUAUUUUAGAUUGCACGCCAGACGUUUCGCACAAAGAACAAAUGAGCAUAAUUUUAAGAUCAGUGACAUGUACUUCUAGAGUUGGUAUUAACAUUUCCGAAAAUUUCUUUGGAUAUCUCACAGUAAAUGAUACCACUGGAAAAGGGCUUUUGGAUGCCUUUUUAAAUCAGGCAAAAAAAUGGGAUCUAAAUAUUCUUGAUUGUCGAGGCCAAUCUUAUGAUAAUGGUGCUAACAUGAAAGGAAAACUUAAAGGUGUUCAAGCCAGGCUUCUAGAAAUGAACCCAAAGGCUAUAUAUGUUCCAUGUGCAAAUCAUUCACUGAAUCUUGUUAUUGUUGAUGGUGCACUGUCAUCUAUCAGUGCAAUAUCUUUUUUUGGAGUUCUUACAAGAUUGUAUACCCUCUUUUCAUCGUCUCCUCCUCGAUGGGAAAUUUUAAAAUCGUGUGUGGAAAUUUCUGUCAAACCACAAUCAGAUACAAGAUGGGAAAGUAAAAUAAACUGUGUUAAACCACUUCGCUAUUAUCUGAAAGAAAUUUUAUAGGGCACUCGACAGAUUGGAAAAACUUUCCUUUGAAAAGAAAGAUGGGGCAACAGCCACAGAAGUACGAUCUCUGAUUGAAUAUAUUAGGACAUGGCCUUUCUUAUUAUCAAUCAUUAUUUGGUAUGACGUUUUAUUUCAAAUCAACAAAUCAAGUAAGCUUCUUCAGUCUUCUACAACCUCUCUUGACAUAUUGGCUAGUGAAAUAAAAGCAACAAAUACAUUUCUUCAUGAGUAUCGUGAGACUGGAUUUACUGACGCACAUAUUAAAGCACAAGAAAUUGCAGAGGAAUUGGGCAUUGAAAAGAUUUUUCCAACAGUGCGCUUACGAAAAAAAAAAAAAAUGUAUUCAUACGAGUGUGCUGAUGAAACUCGGCAACCUGAGCAUCAGUAUAAAGCAGAUUUCUUUUUGCCACUCAUUGACAUGUCAAUUGCAUCAGUAAAGGAGCGUUUUGAACAGGUCAGUAUCUUCACAAAUCUUUUUGACUUUCUUUACCGGUCUGAGAGUCUUAUCAAAGCCUGUAAUGAAAAUUUUCUUACUGUAUUUUGCACAAAUUUGCAAACGAAGCUCGGGGAUAUAGAUUCUGAGGAUUUGGAAAUGGAGUUGAAACGAUUUGUCAUAGUUGUACAAGAGGACAAAAAUACAAACCUGAAAUCUGCAUAUGACUUCCUUAACUACGUCUACAAAGAAGAGCUGCAGGAAACUUAUCCUAAUCUAGUUAUUGCGUUACGCAUCAUUCUUACUUCUCCAGUAACUGUUGCAAGUGCAGAACGUAGCUUUAGCAAGUUAAAAUUAAUUAAAACAUUUCAUAGGUCAGUAUAAAUACUCUUACUUCCUUAUACCUAAACACAUAUAACUAUAUUUCUUUGUAUCUUUAUGUAGGUCAACAAUGGUCGAUGAACGUUUGUCUUCCCUAGCAAUGCUGUCAAUCGAGAACGAGGUAGCAAGGAAAUUAAGUUAUGAAGGCUUAAUAAAUAAGUUUGCAAGUAUGAAAACACGACGCAAACCUUUUUUUUGACCUGUGAAUGCCUAAUACAUUCACAGUAGUCAAAGAAACUUUUUGUUUUAAACUCUUAAUAAAUAUAACAAUUAUAAAAUAUACUUAAUUAAAUUAAAGGGUUAA